AUGGAGCCGGCAAAUCCUCUUGUAACAUCCGUAGCGUUAUUUGUAACGCGAUCGGAAAUCGAUUUUUCUCAUCGUUCACCAAGUCCUAUAUGUCAACGAUGGUUUAUGGUUUUAUAUCUUAAAUCCGAAGCUAAAGAACUUGCAUUAACAGUUUAUCCAGUAAAUAUGAAAAAUCCUGAGCAAGAAUUCAAAAAAGCUUAUAAUUCCAGUCCACCGGUUGUUGUAUUUGAUGAAACAAAUGAUAAAUCAUCACAAGUUGUUCUAACUGAUAAUCGUGAUAUUGAUGCUGAAAUAAGUAAACGUUUUCCCGUAACAAAUAUGAGUUCAUUAAAAGAAGCCGAAGACGUUUGUUCAAAUGUUUAUAUUAAAUUUCAUCCCUAUUUAAAAUCGCAAGUUGGCGAUCCGCAAGAACAAAUUAAAUUGCGUUCAUUAUUAAGUGAAUUUAAACGUAUCAAUGAUUAUCUUGAAGAAAUGGGUACGAAGUUUUUAUCGGGCGAUGAAAUGACAUUUGUCGAUUGUGACGUCAUGCCGAAAUUACAACAUAUACGUGUUGCGGGAAAAUAUUAUAAAAAUCUCGAUAUACCAAAUGAAUUUCAUGCCCUAUGGUCAUAUAUGGAUCGUUGUUAUAAAACAAAAGCAUUUCAAGAAUCAUGUCCGUUCGAUCAAGAUAUUUUAAUGCAUUACGAAGGUAAAGUCGGAGCGCAUAUCAAAGCAGUUGGUAAAACGCCAACAUUGCAACAACCAACAAUGACAUUAACAAUACCCGUACAUGACCAUAGUGAAUGA